CAUAAUCCUUUAUCUUUGAAACUCAGUGUAUUUGGAGGUAACAUCACUAAAUUGUAAAUACGGGGUAGGUUAAAUUUUGUUGUAAAAUUCAAAGCUUUUUGUGAUGUGAAACCAUUUGUUCCUAAAUUGAGCAGGGUGGCGCAAUUUUACAUGGCCUGACUGCUAGUGAAAAUGAGGAGGCAGCAGAGACAGAAGACUCUAGAACUUGGUGUUAUUCUUCUACUCACCGAGCUGUUCAACAUUGGUUUUGAUGCUAUUCCACCUAUUACACUAUUUACCAUUAUUGGGCAGGCGUUAUUGUACGUCGGUAUUGUCGAAUUGCCCUGGGAGCCAUGGGAGAUAUGCAUCAGUGCAGACAAAGUUUGGAAACAAAGAGAUUUUAAGCCAUUAUUAUGGGCGAACUUUGUCCACGGAGACGACAUGCACCUUUAUUACAACAUGGUUUCAUUCCUUGUAAAAGGCAGAACGCUGGAAUCUAGGUAUGGUAGUGCCAAUUUUGCAUUUUUACUCGGAUUUCUCACUGUAAUGACAUCAGGCCUGUAUGUUGGCCUUUCAAUUAUGGGUGCUGAGCUUAUGGGAGAUAAAAGAAUCCUAUCGUCAUGCGCUGUUGGUUUUUCAGGUGUCAUAUUUGCCCUUAAAUUAAUAACCACCAUUGAAAAUCCUAAAGGCUAUACUCGUGUUGGUGAUUUUAAUGUUCCAACUCGCUACGCCGCCUGGGCUGAAUUGAUCGCCAUCUACGUUCUUGUACCAAAUUCAUCUUUCCUUGGCCAUUUUGCUGGAAUCUUGGCUGGACUGUUAUACAUGAAAACACCUUUACAAAACAUUAUCGAUGGCCUCAUAUCAUCAAUAACAGGACGUAAUAUUUACCAUCCUCAAAUUUCAAGUGAAGAUUACGCUGAAUACUACUACGAAAAUUAUUACAGAUAACAUAGAGGAGUUUCUUCAAUAUUAAAUUAUUUUUUGUACAUUAAUAAAACAAAUAAAUAAAUGAAGUACAAAAAG